AUGUCUUUGCCAAGAUAUCCUAAAGACUUAGCUGUGAUUAUUGUCAAGGCUAAAGGUAGAGAAAACACAUUCAGAGAUGUGACCGUGCAAAAGCGAAAAGUGCAUGAUGCUUUAGUGUGGCUUAUCAAUAAUAAUCCACAUUAUUCUGAGUUAAUAAUUAAUGAAGAUGCAUUAAAUUCCUUACCAGAAAAUGGUGUACCACCAGGUCUUAUGACUGUUGAUACUGAUGAUGAUAUUGUCUCAGAUGACAAUUGUUCUCCUGAUGUAGGCCCUCCUACUGAUAAUCCAUCAGAAGAUAUUGUUUAUAAUGACUCUACUGAAAUGAGCAGUUUUUUACCUGUUGGUGAACAACAACAACAGGAAAUUGAAGCUGUUAGAGAUCAGCUGUCUGAAAAUGAGCCAAUGCCAUGGCUGUCAGUUGAAAAUGAGCCAUUAAAUGAGUAUCAGGUAUCACAUCUGGCCACAAUGGCUUUCCCAACAUUGUUUCCGGAUGGGAAAGGUGAUCCUACUAAUCAAGGACUUCUGAGAGAUGUCCCUCUUCAGGAACGAAUAAAACAUCUUCUAAAAUUUGCUGAAAUUUUGAUGGUAAAUGGGUAUACCGUUUUGCCAACCACCCCCAGAUUUUUUUAUUGGGCAUUUAAUAUGAUUCAAAGAAAACGAAUUUUACAACAAAGUGGAAUAUUCCUCAAACAGAACCCAGGUAAAGCUCAUCUCACAAUUAACGAACUGCGUGAAAUGGCUGCCAGUAACAAUGCUAAUGUAUUUAUGUCUAAAGUGUCGAGAUAUGUUGGCAAUAUUGCAGGUACUAAUGCUUAUUGGAAUAGAAUAGGAGAGGAACUCAAAGCUAUCAUAACUAGUGUUGGAGCACCAACAUUAUUUUUCACUUUCUCCUCUGCAGAUAUGCAUUGGCCUGAGUUACAUGCUUUAUUUAAAGCUGAUACUGACAAUGAGUUAGGUGACUCUACCAGUGUACGACGACAAAAUGUGAUCAACAAUCCCCAUGUUGUAAAUCACCCAAAGAUUAGAAAGCUUUGUAAAACACUGGCUUUAUGAUACACUUGAUGCAAAAUAGCACUGGUUUCGAUACGAAUAUCAAAGUAGAGGUAGUAUCCAUUGUCAUGGUACUGCUAAACUAAAUAAUGACCCAGGUUUGUGUCAACUUACUCAAACUGCUUUGAAAGGUUUCUUAGCUCAAAAAUUUAAAGAUGAAAAUGAUUGUUCUGACACAACUGAACUAGAACAGGGUAUUGAAGCUGGUCAGAAACCGGCUGACACAGUAUGUCAGUAUGUUGAUUGGUUAUUAUCUGAUCAACUGUCAAUCCUAAUCCACCAGAUAAGGACAUGUGGAUAAGACCUGAGGUUCAUCCAUAUCAAAGAAGCCAUCAUGACAUUCCUGAACAUGAAAAACAAUCAGAUUAUGUAGAUCUAUUAAACAUGGUUCAACGACACACUCGUUGUAGUACAAGUUAUUGUCUUAGAAAGAAGUCAAAUGAAACAGAGUUGAAAUAUAGAUUUCACUUCCCUUUUGAUAUUUGUCCUAAGACAAAAUUGGAAUUUGAAAUCAUACUUCAGGUGAUAAUGAGCAUUAUCGAGCUAAGAUUGUGGCUAAACGAAAUGACUCUAGGUUAAAUAACCAUCAACAACUUCAGCUCCAAGGAUGGAGAGCUAACUGUGAUAGUCAAGUUGUUAUUGAUCACUAUGCCUGUGUUGAAUAUCUCACAAAAUAUGCAGCUAAAGGUGAGCCAAGAUCACCUAUAUUGAAACAGCUAGGCAUUUAAUUCUAUUGUGCAAAAUGUUGACAGUAAUACUGACCCUCGUAGAGUUAUUAAGAAGAUAGUUAUGAAAUCUCUUGGGGCAAGAUAUUAUGCUUUAAAACUCCACAGCUCAUCAUUUAAAGUGAUGCCAGUUAGUCUAAAUGGCUCAUGCAGAGUGCAUGAUGCUGCAAGUAUUGAUGAGGGUGAAUCAUGCACUGAUUAUUCACUUCUUGAUGUGUAUGCUAACCGUGAACAAUAUGAGAGUUCACAAAAUAUAAUAAAUAUGAACUUUGUUCAAUUUGCUACAACAUACAAAGUUGAUAACAACGAACUGACAAAAUUGCCAGAGAAUAUUAUACCACGAAUAUUUCCAACAUAUUCUCCUAAUCCCAAAGGUCCAAAUUUUGGCCUAUAUUGUAAAUAUCAACUUUUGAGGUUUAAACCCUGGAGAACAACCCAAAAUAAUGCAUGGGGUGACCAAGAACCAACUGACGAGGUUCUGAUCAAUUGCUGGCAUGAAUUCUUUCCAACACCUUAUGGACAGUCUAAUGUCCCAGACUGGUUUGAUAAAUUACAAGCUGUCAUUUAA